AUGAGUAGCAAUCAAGUUUCAAAUGAAAUGGUUGAUACAAAUAAUGAUAGCAAGAUAUCGUCAAUGAACAAAAAUAUUAAGUUCUUAUUUUAUGCACUUGGUAUUGGCAUAUUUUUCACAGUCACCACUGUUGCUCUAUCUGCAGCUACAUUAGGUACUGUUAUUAAGAACUUCAAAGACACACCAACAUCGAAACCAUCGCUCGGUUCUAAAUAUGCUGAGUCAAUUGAAAUCUCAGAUGUGAUGAUGCAUCUUAAAGAACUACAGAAUGUAGCAACUAAUGCAGAUGGUAAUCGAGCUGUUAGUACGUUGGGUUUUAAUCAAACACUUGAUUAUAUCACUAGUUAUUUGUCGACGCAAACAGACUUCAAAGUUGCACGAAGUUAUUUCUAUUUAAGAAAAUUUAUUAUUGGUGCAAAUCCAGUCCUACUAACAUCGAUCAAUGGUGUUGAAACGAAUCGAACAUUUUCGUCGAAUCUUUCAGCAUCAGAAUUUUACUUUAUGCAAUAUACAAGAUCGGCUAAUUUCAAUAGCUUUGUUCUAAUAAGUCCUAUUCCAAAUCUGGGCUGUUCUAGUGCUGAUUGGCUUGCGGCAAGUCCUGCACCUGCUGGGCAAGUUGCAUUAGUGAAACGAGGCGAAUGUACUUUUGCAGAGAAGGCAGCGCUAGCAUCACAAUACAACGCUGCUGCUCUUCUUAUCUACAAUGAUGGUGAAGCACCAGAUCGUUUUGCACCCGUUUUUAUCAACCUAGGGCAGAGUAAUGAGUUACCAGCGUUGUCUCUUUCCUAUAAUCUCGGUAAGCAACUAGCUGAUGCUGCUCAAAAUCCAUCUAAUAAUGUCGGUGUUCGUAUUAUUAUCCAAAUGGCUGAUGAAUCAUCGUAUCCCGUUGGUAAUAUUUGUGCUGAUACGCCAACAGGUGAUGUAACUCAAACUAUUGUUAUUGGUAGUCAUAGUGAUAGUGUUCCAGCUGGUCCAGGAAUCAAUGAUAACGGCAGUGGCAGUGCAGCAAAUCUCGGUUUAGCCGUUGCACUUGCACGACUUUUUAAAACAUCAACCUAUGCAAAAUAUAAAUAUCGAGUUCGAUUCUGUUGGUGGGGCGCAGAAGAGAUCGGUCUUCUUGGUUCAGAUUAUCAUGUUAAACAAGCUAAAAUUUCUACUGUGGUUGGUGAACGUUUGAGUGACUAUUUAGUUAAUCUUAACUAUGAUAUGCUAGGCUCACCGAAUUAUAUUUUUGGUAUUUAUGAUGGUAAAACAGCAAACAGUGACACACCAGUUACCGCCCUUCCUGGUAGUAACAAAAUGACUGCUUUGUAUCGUCAAUGGUUUGAUGAACAGAAAUUACCAUGGAAUUAUACUGAUUUCAGCGGUCGAAGCGAUUACGGUCCAUUUUUAGCUGAAGGAAUCGUGGCUGGCGGAUUGUUCUCUGGCGCAGAUGGUACGAAAACGCUGGAUGAACGAAAUUAUUAUGAUCAAAUGCUUGGUCAAGGCAUGGGUGGGAUUGCUGGCGCUAUUCACGAUCCAUGUUAUCAUCGACAAUGUGACUCGAUUCAAAACAUCAAUGUAUUUGCAUAUGAAAAGAUGGUACAAGCUGCUGCUUAUGUUUUAGAACAACUAGCUCGUCAAGAUGAUUUGAAGACAUGGCUUUAUCCUGCUGCUCAAAUUGCAAAAUUGAAUGAUCAGCAAAAACAACAACAACAACAACAACAACGACGUAAACAAAACUACAAUUCAAUGAAUGAAUAUUUUGGAUACCCAUACUAUUAA